AUGUUGGUAUUGCGGAUAGCUUCUAAUCCUGUGUUUCGACGAACUAGUAUUAUGUUGCGCGCUACUUCACUCGUUUCUCGUUUGUGCUCUCGAAGCUUCUCCGUCUCAGCAUCAAUGUCAGCUGAGCAGCCUACUAAGAAAGAGGUUGAAGCGUUGUUUGCUGAGAACGCGCCACAAGAGCGGAGAGGAAAUGCGUACAGCCUCAAUAGGGUCGAGAUUAUUGGUGGUGUGGCCAAUGAUCCUGUAUUCAAGACAGCUAAGAAUGAUCGACCAUAUGCUAUGCUUAAUGUUAUCACGAAUUCGAGACAGCGUCUAGCUAAUGGGGAAUACAGAGAGCAGACCGAGCGCCAUACAAUCACCGCUUUUGGUAGAACUGCUGAGUUUGUCGCUAAUAAUAUCAAGAAAGGUCAACGUGUCCUUGUAAAUGCUCGUUUGCACUAUACUGGUGGAUUACUCAACGAGGAGGGCGUUCGCAGCCCUCGUCAAACUCAUCUCCACGCUGAAACUGUUCAACCCCUUGCACGCGGCGGUGGUGGCGGUGGCGGCACUGGUGGCGCAAGUAUGAACCGAGCGGGGGUAUCUCUUCUUUCAUGUCUACCUCGGCAAGUGCCUUUAACACUACAAAACCAACACAAACUCGUUCACACUUCCGGGACUCCAAUGUCUCCACCAACGAUCUCACGAAAUGAUGUGAUGAAGUUUGAAACGUUCCUCUUUGAUGCUGACGGUGUUUUGUGGACGGGUGAUAUUCCAGUGCCGGGUGCAAUAGAUUUUGUUUCAACGCUUUUAGACGCAGACAAGCGCGUCUUCAUCAUCAGUAACAAUUCGACGAAAACUAUGGACCAGUAUAUGUCCAAAAUUAACAAAAUCGGCUUUGCGGGUGUCGCUAAAGAGAAUGUGAUUAACCCUGCAGUUGUGCUGGCUGCAUAUUUUCGUGAUAGGGAGGACUACGCUGGACAGCCUGUGUACCUUUUGGGUACAGAGAACCUCAAGAAGACAUUGGAAAGCAUAGGCCAAGUGCGCUGUUUCGGCACUGGACCGGACUACGUCAAAGACCACACGGACCAUGAUUUUAUCCACGAUAUGGAUCUGUCUUUAAGACCGAAAGCGGUUGUGUGCAGUUAUGACUCGCAUCUCAGUUAUCCGAAAAUUAUGAAAGCCGCCAACUAUUUGAAACGGAAUGAAGUCGAAUUUUUGGUGACCAAUGAGGAUUACACAUUUCCCGGUCCGAACCCAGAUAUUGUGAUUCCAGGAUCGGGAUGCACGUCGGCCGCUAUCCGCGCCGUUUCAGGUCGCACUCCGAAAGUUUUUGGAAAACCUCACAAACCAAUAGCUGAUUUCCUAACAAAUAACCAACACAUUAACCCUGAAACGACUGUGAUGUUUGGUGAUCGGCUGGAUACGGACAUUCAGUUUGCAAAUGAGAACGGUUUUACGAGCUGUUUGAUGUUAACUGGUGUGCAUUCGCUGGACGAUGUGGAGAAAGCUGAACAACGUGGUGAUAAGAAUCUCAUCCCCGAUUACAUCUUCUCUUUCCUCUCCUCUUAG